UCUCUCUCCAAAACCAUAAAAAGAAAACCAUAAAAGAAACACAAAACUCUGCCCACGUAGACAUGGACGUCGAACAUCACAACUCCGGCCACAUCGAUAGACCAACCGUAGACAUUCCACCAAGAAACCUUCUUUCCUCCGCCAAAUCUCCUUCAAGUCCCUACCCUGACGACAAGGCUCAAAAAGACUGUUGUUACGACUCUGACUCCGACGAUCCUUACGCCGGCGACCAUUUCCGCAUGUACGAGUUCAAGAUCCGACGGUGCACGCGCAGCCGUAGCCACGACUGGACCGACUGUCCUUUCGCCCAUCCCGGCGAAAAGGCUCGUCGCCGUGACCCUCGCCGGUAUCACUACACCGGCGAAGUCUGUCCGGAGUUUCGCAACGGCGGCGAUUGUAGCCGCGGCGAUAUAUGCGGCUUUGCGCACGGCGUUUUCGAGUGUUGGCUCCAUCCUAGUCGUUACCGUACGGAGGCUUGUAAAGACGGUAAGCAUUGUAAGAGGAAAAUAUGUUUCUUUGCUCACUCUCCACGUCAGCUUAGAGUUCUCCCGCCGUCGGAAAAUUUUGUCUACGGCGGAGGUGGAUCGGCGGUUUCAUCUCCGGCGUCCGUAUUGAGUAGUAAAAAUAGUCGUUGUUGUAUGUUUUGUUCACACUCUCCCACGAGCACUCUCUUGGAUUUAUCUCCACCGUUAUCUCCGGCUAACAAAUCCGCCGUAUUUUCACGGCUGAGCCACCGUCACUCCGCCGUGGCGUGCAAGGAAGCUCUAAACGAGAUGAUUCAUUCUUUGGAUUCCUUUAGUCUCAAGGAAGCCCUCGCGGUAACCACUCCGGUUACCACGGGGGCGACCAUGCUUUCCUCAGCAAAUAUAAGCAACCACCACCGUCUUCCGCAGUGGCUUGAUGUCGGAGACAGAGAUCUCCAGAGUUCCCUUCAGUAUUCUUUUUCACCUUCUUCAGCUCCAAGUUACCUAAAUGGUCAGCUGCCGCCACCGAGCUUCUUCAGCGAUGACUUCACGCCACGUGGCGGCCGUUUAAGCGAUUUCACGGUGGCUGCAGCUGCGGCAGCGGAAGCUAGGGAUAAGAAUAGCUUUGAGGUGGGUUCUAGUGGCGAUCUUGAUCUCGGUUGGGUGAACGAUCUUUUGACAUGAUCAAUGUGAUCAUGAUCGGAGAUAGGUAAGGAAUGUAUGGGCGGAGGAGUUCCGUCGUGAGCCAUUGUUUAUUGAAAAAUUGUUAAUUUUUACUAGUGUUUUAAUUUUUUCUUUUAGGUUUCAAUGUUAUUUUCUAAAAUAAGUCCAUAACUUCUAUUGUGAUAUUUGAUAUCUUGGAACUUGUAAAAUUUACUAUAUUUAGGAUCGAAUUCCUAUGUAAUGUUUACUUCAAAAUAUUCUCUUUACUAAAGAAACACCUGUUGUAAUUAUUUGUCUAC